GAACAGACUCGCUUGAAUCGUCUCAAUGACGGGUACUAACAAGUAGGGCGAUUUUCAAUUCAAACUUAAUUUUGACCCGCAAUUCAAAGAAUAAAUUAUAUUAUUUCAACAGUUUGGUUGCUAUAUUAAGGAAAUUACGUUAGGAAUUAUAGUGUAAGCGAAUCGAUAUUCAAUAGUUGAAUGAAAGAGAGAUUCUGAGUAUCAAUAGAUGUGCUUUAUGGAAUUGAUGAAACAAUACAGCAUUUGUGAUUCAAACAGUGAGAGUUGAGAAGUUCACCGCCAAAAGUGGGUCGUUUUCCAAAGAGCUGAUACUUUGCAUGUAACAGUUGAUUUAGGAAGGAAAAAAACUCUUCUGAAAAGAUGCGUACAAGAAAUUCAUGCACGUGUUUACCGGUGCGAUUAUCGGUUGGUGUAAUGGCAUUUUUGAUAUGCUUCAUUGCGUACAUGGUGCGCGCUAAUAUUGCCAUUGGUAUGCUUGCAAUGGUUAAGACCGGCAAAGUUGAACCAGACUUUGGACCGCGGUAUGACUGGACGAAAUCGGAACAAUCAUUGGUGCUGGGCGCCUUUUUUGCUGGAUCAUGUGUAUCAACAUUCCCUGCAGGCUUUCUUGCCGAAUGGUUUGGGGGACCGCUGACAACUACUAUUGCAUUGAUUAUCAGUUUAAUUUUAACGGCUUUAACCCCAGCUAUGUCUGACAUUUCGGUUUGGGCACUUUAUGCGAAUAGAUUAAUUCUCGGCGUUGCUGGUGGUGUGUUCUUUCCAGCGCUCCAUAGUGUCGUAUCAAAAUGGGCUCCACCCGAUGAAAAGGGUAAAUUCGUUGCGGCAUUGCUUGGAGGAAAUUUGGGUACAGUGUUUACAUUCCAAUUAACUGGCAUCAUCACCGGACUCUACGGCUGGCGUACGGUUUUCUAUGGGCAAGCAGUGCUCGUGCUAAUUAUUACAAUACUUUGGGUGGCUCUGGUCUCAGGAACUCCACGCUCACAUCACUUCAUUAGCGAGGAAGAAGUGCAAUACAUCGAAAAUUCACUUGGAUCGACUGUUUCCAAGGAGAAAAAAGUGCCACCGUAUGGCAAAAUAUUUAUGUCAAUUCCCUUCAUUGCGCUCAUCAUCCUUCACUACGGCAAUCUGUGGGGUUUAUUCUUUUUGCUGACCAUUGCACCAGAUUUCAUGAACAGUUCACUUGGAUUCGAUUUGAAGAGCUCCGGUAUAUAUUCAAGUUUACCACAUUUGGCCCGGUUUUUGAUGGGAUUCCUGUUCGGUUGGAUUGGUGAUUGCUUGCGAAAUCGCACAAAUCCAACAAUUAUUCGAAAAUCUUUCUGCAUUUUUUCUCAUAUCCUUCCUGGCGCUUUACUAUUAGUGAUUCCCUAUAUCAACGAUACCUUUCUAAUCAUAUCUAUUCUAACAGCUUCGCUCGGUUUCAAUGGAGCAGCUACUCUGACUAAUCUUCAGAAUACCCAGGAUCUAGCUCCCAACUAUGCGGGCACAUUAUAUUCGAUUAUAAAUUUUAUUGGAUUGUCUUCGGGAUUCUUUGGACCACUUUUAAAAAAUAUAUUUGAACAAUAUGGACCAAAAUAUGGGUUUGAUCCUUGGUCCGCAAUGUUCAUAGUUGGAGGCUUCGGAUAUAUUGUACCCGCGUUUUUAUUCUGGUUCUUUGGAACAGCCAAAGUGCAGAGCUGGAACGCAAUUAAUAAACCAGCUAUCACCGUACAAGAAUCACAAGAGCCAUCACAAGAACACCAAGAGCCGCAAGUGAAAAAAAGCCACGAAACUGGUGAAAAUGGGGAGAAAAUUAUUCAAGAUGAAGCAACGAAACUCUAAAUAAUUCUUGGAAUGAAAUUAUCGAAGAAAAUACGAUUUUAAAAAAACCACUAGAAAGUUAGCACCCGCGCGAAACGAUCAUAAUAAAAUAUUUAAAAUUUAUUUUCUCCGAUUUUUUCUGAUGUAAUAAUUGUAAUGAAUGUGCAUGUGCACUGUGCAGUGUAAUGUACAAUUCUUGCAAAGACCCU